AUGGAGGAGCUGUCCGGGGUGAUCGAGAAGGCCGAUUCAGUGCUUCUGGUCGGUCACGGCAACGCAAAAUCCAACAUCGCCGAGGUUCUAGCAUCGGCUCUCUGCGAACGCCAGCCUGGUUUGACGGAUAAGAUCGAAGAUGUUCUACGGGUGGAUGGCAAGCACAUCACGCAGAACCAGCUCUUGAAGCUGGGCAGGAGGCAUCUUACCCACACCGAGGACCCUAGGAGGCCGACCUAAACCAGCUUCACACCGUCAAGAGAGCUUCACACCGUCAAGAGAGCACAACCCGCGGGUGUAGCUUAUUUGUCCGAUCCUAAGGCAAUACCCGCAAUGUGAAGAACAAGUCUGCUUUCUUCAGAAAUUGCGCCUAAGGUCAAUAGACGUCAAGCAAGUGUUGGAAAUGCACAGCGGCACGAAAUUGAGCCACCACUAUCCUCGGCAGCGUUAGUUGCGGUGUGUAGGGGGGUGAGUUUCACUAUGAAGUUGUUCUCUCGGCGGUUGAAUGUAACGAUUAUGAUGAGUCCCUGUGGGAGAAGAAUCUUGGGCGGGGGGGGGGUUGGGAAGAAGGUUGAAUCAACAUCAUUUGUGUGAACCGUGACUCUGUGCGACCUCUAAACUACAGUAGUUGCGAGG